AUGUCAUCUCUUAAGAAGCUGAUGAUACGAGGAAUAAGGUCAUUCAGCCAUAGAGAGGGUAGUAUACUGGAGUUCUAUUCUCCGUUGACACUGAUAGUUGGGCCCAACGGAACAGGAAAGACAACGAUAAUCGAAUCGCUGAAGUAUAUCAGUACUGGAAGUCUUCCUCCAAACAGUAGAGGUGGAGCGUUUAUCUAUGACCCGAGGGUUGCAAGACUAGUAGAGGUUCAAGGACAGGUGAAGCUUUUGUUUACCAAUGUGCAUGGGGAGACGAUGGUAUGUUCGCGCUCUCUUCAGUUAACACAGAGAGGAGGUAAGAAGGAACAAAAAACACUGGAAAGUAUGGUGUGGGCUGAAAAGGAUGGAGGAGGAGUGAGUGGAAGGAGUGGAGAUGUCGAUACGGAGAUGCCACAGCACUUUGGGGUGUCGAGUAGUGUACUGGAAAACGUUAUAUUCUGCCAUCAGGAGGAAAGCACAUGGCCUCUUGGAGAACCGAUUGUUGUCAAGAAGAAGCUAGACGAGAUAUUUGCAUCUGUGAAAUAUGGGAAGGCCUUGGACAGUCUGAAGUCAUCAAAGAAAGAAUGCUCUUCGGAUAUCCGGAUGAAGAUGCAAGAGCUAGAGUUCCUGAGAAAGAUGAAGGAAAGGAAGGAAUCGCUGGAGUCACGGAUAAGAAAUGGAUGUGGAUCUAUUGAAAGAAAUGAGAUAAAACUUGAAGCCUAUGGAAAUGAAAUAAGAAGAUGUGAAAGAAUUGUUGAAGAGAUAGAUAUGGAGCUUGAGAAGAAUGGGGAAAGGGAGAAAAGGGCAUAUUUGCUAAGAAACGAACAUAAGGAACUAAAGAGCUUUAUUGAUGGGCUGAAGGAAAAGAGGUUGGAGUUGGAAGAAGCAAGAGAAAUUUUGAGCAGAGAGUUCCUGAAGAGGGUAGAGGAAAGGUACGAGAGGAUGAAGAUGGAUGCAGAGGAAAAGGAAGCAAGAUUCAGGAGUCUGAGCGAGAAAAGAAGCAGCUAUCUCCGGAGUAAGGGGGAACUCGACGGAGUGUUUUCGGAGAUAUCUGUUAAGUCCUCUCUGUUAGAUGAAGCAAAACGGCAGAAGACAGAGGCUUUUAAGAACCUUUCAUUGGAGCUGAGGGUUGAGAAGGACUUCAGGGAAACGGCUCUUGAGGUUUUCAGGAAAGUGGAGGAAGACAUUGGAGACAAAAAGAAACGUAUAAAUGAGCUUGAGGAGGAGCUUCGGAAGCUGAAGGAGGAAGAGGGGAAUCGGACGAAAAUCCUCUUUGAGAAGAGAAGAAUAGUGGACGAAUAUGAGGGUCUUGAGGACAAUGGAAGUAUAGAUGUUUCUGUCUCAUAUUUGGAGGAGAUGGAGAGGCUUAAGAUGGAGAUAAGUGGAGAUAGAGAGAUGGAGGCCUUGGAAGAAAGGUUAGAGGACUAUCAAAGGAGGUUGAACGAUGCAUAUAGCAUUGCAGAGAAAAACUUCAUGGUGAGCCAGAUAAGAAACAGAAAGAAAGAGAUUGAGGGGAUUCUGAGCGAGGUUAAUGUCUCUGAGCUUCACCAGAAACUUGAGAGACAAAGAAUAGAACUUAGAAAGAAGGAGAGGAAGGCAAAGAAGAUUGAGACAGAAAUAAAUCUUAAGAAGGCUGAAAUGAUGCAAAGAGAGAAGGAGAAUGAAAGAAUCAAAAGGGAAAUAGGUCGGAAGUGUGAGGAGCUUAGAGCCAUGCAACUCAAAGCUGGAGAUCAAGCAGUGCUAGAGUUAGAGGUUUCAGGAUUCUACUACAAAAAUGAGUGUGAAGUGGAAAAGGCAAGGGAAAUUGUAGAAAGAAAUCGAACAUUCUUUGGAGCGGAUUCAGCAAUGUUUGGAGUUGACCUACUGAACUUUGAAGGAUUCUAUGGAAAGAAGGAGGCCUUUGAGCUUUGGGAUAUGACAAGUGAGUCAGAGAGUUUGUGGAGAGAAAAGAUUUAUAGAGAAAUGCUGGAGGAUGGAAGAAGAAGCCAUGGAUGUCCUAUUUGCCACCGAUCCUUUUCUAUGGAGGAAGAGAUAGGGUUUAAAAGAAGACUGGAGCUUGCAAUUGAAAGAGUCUCUUUAGAAGGGAAAGAAAAUACAUCCAAGAGACAAAGUAGGGGAAAGACGGAAAUAGAGAGGAUCAAUGAAGGAGUGAUGGAUAGAAACAGGAAACGAGAAGAGAUUGUUGGGCUUAUUCUGAAAUACGAGCCUAGCGAAGGCAUAGUAGAUGAGGAAGUUCUAGAGGAGAUGGAGUUAGACAUCCUGGACGAGUCUGAGGGAAUCAAGAAAACAGAGUUUUAUCUUUCAUUAGUUUCCGAGCUAUUUUCGAUAGAGGGGAAGCUGAAGGAUGAAAAGGAAGGAGAGUCUGUUCAGGAGCUGAAGUCAAUGAUUGAUGGAAUAAAGAAGAUCUAUGAGGAGAAGAGAGGGGAGAUGAAAAGAAAGAAAGAAAGGAUUGAGUAUCUUGAGCGGAAGCAGGAAGUAGUUAGGGCAGAGAAAGAGAUCCGAGAAAAGAUCAAUUUUCGAGAGGAUGCAAAAGAAGCCAUUCGCCAGAUUGAGAGGAGUAGCAUAAGAGCGAGGAUUGCAGAAGUCUCUGAGGAAGUAUUGCGAAAGAAAGGCAGGGUUGAGAAGAUUCUGGAGAAGUUUUCGAGAAAGAGAGUAGAGUUGGAAAUGAGUAUGGAGAUUUUCUACCAAAAGGAAAAGGAAAUAGCAGUGCUUGAAAAAGAGAUAGAAGAGCUGAACAGUAAGGUGAAGAAGCUUCUUCAUAUUGAGUAUUGUGAUGAGGCUAAGGAUGAAGGGAAGUUUGAUGCUGUGAGAAAUGAGCUCCUUGAGAAGAAAAAUGAGGUUUUGGAGGCUGGACAGAAGAUUCGUACUAUGCAUGAAAUGCGUGUCCUGGCAGAGGAGAGUGUGAAGUAUUACGAAAGACAAAGGAUAAUUGAAGAAAUAGAGAAGGAGUUGUCUGAAAUUGACUUUGAGUAUCUAACCAGACUUAGAGAGAAGAAACAGCUUUUGGAAGAAAAGAAGAUGAAGCUGAUUGCACAGAAGUCAUUAUUACUAGGGGAAUGCAAGCAGAUUGCUCUGGGGAUAAAGUCCUGUAGGCAGGAGCUUCAGAAAGAUCAUGAAAAGACUGUAGAGGACUAUAACAAAUGCUUCAUUGAAGUUAAGGCUCUGGAGAUAUCUUCUCUGGACCUCGAGAAGUGCAUCCAGGCAUUGGACAAGGCUAUUGUGGAUUUCCAUACCUCGAAGUUAGAAGAAGUCAAUGCAACGCUGAAGGACCUGUGGAUGAAUACUUACCGAGGAGAUGACGUUGACUGGAUAGAGAUCAAGACAGAGAGUUCGGGCCAAAGAACAUAUAACUACAAGGUUGUAUUUAUCAAAGGAGGGGUGGAGCUCGACAUGAGAGGAAGGUCGAGUGCCGGACAAAAGAUGAUAGCUAGCAUUCUCAUAAGACUGGCGCUUGCAGAUUCCUUUGCUUCCAACUGUAAUAUAUUGGCUCUUGAUGAACCAACGACCAAUCUCGACAGAGACAACAUAGAAAGCCUUGCAUUCACUCUCUCCAAGAUAAUCUCGAAGCACAAAAAGGAUUCCAACUUCCAGCUGAUUGUAAUCACACACGACGAGGAUUUUGUCCAGCUGCUAAGUAGAGACGGGCCUGAAUACUUCUAUAGACUCAGUAGAAACGGAAAUGGAGACUCUACAAUUGUAAGACAUUCUGUGUACGGAAUGGAAUAA